AUGUUCGUGCAAGCUCCUGCUUUGAUGGUUCAACAAAGAUCUGAGAAUUCUGAAGAAGAUAGCGAGGAAGAAGGAACCGGCGAUGUUCUCCAGAAACGUCGGGAAGAAUGCGAAAGAAAGGCAAGACGUGGGGAGAUGGAUCCCCGAUUAGAAUUCGCUUUCCAACUUUUGAUGGAUGCUACACAGUUAUCACGUCACGAAGUCAUGGAUCACGUUUUCGAGGGAGAUAUGCUCGACGAAAUCAAUCAAUUGUUCUUGCCACAUAUGAGAUCCACCCUUCUCUGGUAUUAUCAAGAAGUGGAGGAACCUGAAACGUUGCGUCCUACAGAAACGGUACAAAGUAAAGCUUCGAGUUCUAGACCAAGUCCAAAUACACCUGUACCAAAAGCGAAAGAACAAAAAGAAGUGAAGGAACCAGAAAAAAAAUUAUUCCUUACCGAUGGAUGGCAAGUUCCUUGUACUGGAAUAUGCAUUUAUAUGUUCAGAUUAAACGUCUCGAAACAAUUGCCCGAGGAAGGUUUCCAGAAAGAUCUUUAUACUGGUGUAAUAGACACCAAGAAAGUGGAAAUAAUAACAGCAAUACAAAGAGUAGUGGAACAUGUCUUUAUGGAUGCACUUGCACAUCCUGGUUCUGAGAAAGAGGACGAUUGUCCAAUGAUUAAAAAUCUUUUAUUGCCAGGUUUAAGAUCUUUCUGCAGCGCUCUGAAAGUAUGCGAACAGGUGGCUCGGGAGGGACAUAUAUUCGACGAUAGCGAAGCUUUAAUGGGGGAAGUACAUAAUUUCGAAGAAGCAAAAGCGUUUAUGGCAAAAGAUAACGCUGUAAAUAUUGUAGAAGAAAGAGUAAAAUCGUGGAUUAAAUUAUUGAAAAAUUUCAUGGUGGAAAGUAAACAGGUGAAACGAGAAAAUGACAACUCUGGUCCACAACAAGAGUUGGAAUACUGGAAAAGAAGGGGUGCUCAAUUUAGUCAAUUAGUCAAUAAACUUCAGGACCAUGAAAUACGAAUGUCUCUUCUAUGUUUGCAAGUUGCACGCUCAAACUUAAUAAAAGAUUGGGUUGACGUUGAGGACGAAGUCACUUACUGCUACAACGAAGCUAAAGAUAAUGCAAAAUUUAUACAGGCAUUAGAAAAAUGUUGUCAUUGUUUGUACUUAGACGAUCCAGUAAAAAUGAGAGAUUCCCUCGUCUCGUUGUUACAAACAGUCCGCUUAAUAUACAGCGUUUCGAGAUACUAUAACACUUCAGAACGAACUAGUUCAUUAAUGAUAAAGAUUACAAAUCAAAUGAUUAUAGCUUGUCGAGAUUAUGUCACAAAUAGAGGACGUGAAACUGUUUGGAGUCAAGAUCGAGCAGUUGCACGAUCAAAAUUAAAGCAUUGUUUGAGAUUAAACAAAGCUUACAGAGAAACUUACAGAUUAGUUCGAUGUUCUCCAGCAAUAACCGAACAAGAAUUCUCAUUCUCAGAGACUCACGUGUUUGGAAGAUUCGAUUCCUUUUGCGACAGGAUAAGAAAAAUUUUAACCAUGUUCGAAUUGAUACAAGAUUAUAAAAGCCUUUUCGAAAGAAGAAUGGAGGGCCUUUUAUUAGGAGAAGCAUUAGACGAUGCAAUAAGAACUUUCGAAGAAACUGAAAAGGUUGCUACCACCAAAGAUUACGAUUAUCUUGAUCCAAGAAAUACUGAAUUUGAUACGGACUACAAUGACUUCAUGACAAAAACUGAUACCCUGAAACAGAACAUCGGUAAUAUUAUUGAAAAAAAUUAUGCAGAUGUUUGGGAAACUCUUCAGGGUAUACGAUUUUUAACUCGAUUCGAAAAAGUCAGUGAAAAAGUACCUUUGACGAAGUUAGAUGAAAAAUACAAUAUAGUAGUGAAAUAUUGCGAUAAAGAAGUGGACAGAAUAUUGAAAUUAUUCAAAAGACAAAGAGAUGAUCCACCGUUACCAAGGCAUAUGCCAGCCAUUGCUGGAAGAUUAACUUGGGCAAAUUCGUUAAAAAUACACUUGGAUGAGCUAGCUACAUCAGUUUCUAAUCAUCCAGUAUUGAAGACACUUCCACUCAGUAUGGAAUUAGAAAAAAGAUAUAAUUAUGCCAUCAGUAUAUUGAAUCAAUACAAGUCAGAUAUAUCUGAAGUUUGGACUCAUCAAAAUUCCUGGGUCAUCGAGGAUUGUCUAAAACAAUCUCUGCUGAUGAUAGACGAAAAAUCCGGAAAAAUCAAAGUUAAUUUAGAAGAAAGGAUCUCUCUUUUGAUUCGAGAAGCUGAUUGCUUAGCUAAAUUGAAUCUCCAAAUUCCUAUCGUCGCAUUAACGAUUUUAGCAAAAAAAAACUACUUCACGUUGAUCACAAAUUCUCUUCAAUCGAUGAUCAAAGACUUGGUUUUCACAUCAAGACGCGUGAAAUUGGAAGUGAGGCCAUUGCUAUUACCGCAUUUGGUGCGAGUUGUAUCAUUGCUGGAACCUGGUUUGACUUCUUUAAAUUGGACCAAUCCAAAAUGGAAGGAGUUUUAUGAGAAUACCAAAGAGCAGAUUAAGGAAUUUGAUAUACUCAUUACAAGAGUUCACGAUGUAUAUGAUAAUAGAAUUUUACAGGUGCUAACAGCUAUGCAAAAGAUUACUUUACAUUCUAUACCUGAUCAACCAUGGACGAUAGAGGAAUUCGUAGAGAAAACCGAAGAAAUAUGCAGACACGCAGCGGUAGAUUUGUAUCGUAAGAGUAUGAUGGUGGAAGAGGCGGUAGAGGAAGUGCUGGAUCUUGUUAAGAAUGCCACAGAAAAUUUCAAAGACGCCGCUAAUUCCAGUCAAUUCGAGUUUUUUAAUAUCGAAGAAAAUGAAGAGGUGGUCGAUCAAACUGUCCAACAAGAUUGGUCUUUAGUUUGGAAUUUAUUUGACAAUCCUCAUCAAUUAUUAGCUACACCUGGUAGCUUGCCAAAGGGAAUGCAAGACAUGGUCCGAAAUGCCGUAUCCGAAAUGAGAAGAUAUUACUCCAGAAAAGUCGUAGACGUUCUGAUAAAAGUCAUCAGAGCUUCAUUAGACGCCAUUAGAAAACGAUUCAUUCGAGAAAUCGAUCCAGACGAGAUACCGAAUCCAAUAUUUCUACUUCAUGCAACGUUAAUGAUACCAGUGGUGACCGUGAAACCUAGCUUAGACGAUGUACAGGAAGUUUUAACUUUAAUUGGCAAAAUCAUCGCUGGCGUCGCGAGAGGUGUAUCGCAAUGGAAUUCUAGAGUUAACAAGAGUACGUGGAAUCAAAUUUAUUCAAGGAAAAAUUUCGCAGACAUCGUGAUGCGUGCUCAAAUGCAAGCGGCGAAGAAGAAGCAAGAGCAAGAAGAUCCAAGAGCAAGAAGGAGAAGAUUAUUUAAAAUCAUUUCUGAAGAAAGACCGAUUUUUCCUGUCCAAAAGCAGAAUUUUCACGCGAUGGUAAUGGAUAAUAAAGAAGUGAUGAAACUAUUGUCAAUAUUAAACACUUGUAUGCAAGAAUUCAAGCCGGAUCUUGCCGAAUUUAUCGAUAGAUGGAAACCGUAUAAAUUUUUAUGGAAAAAUGAGAAAAGUAUGCGAGAAUUGUUACAAAUUUCUUUGCCUGAGUUUGAAGCUACACUUCGAAAACACAGUGAACUCGAAGAUCUCUUAGCCACCGAGCCUGAUAUGAUUAUUUUUGGAAGAUCAAUUGCUGUCUCUACGGAAAAACUGAAAUAUGGCCUUUACACGGAAAUUAAAGCGUGUACCCACAAAAUUGGCCAAGCCAUGAAAAAGAAAUAUCGCCGAGAAAUGGAAUACGUAUAUGCGUUAAUGAACGAAAUGGAUCGCAAAUUAGAUCGUCAGAUACGCGAUCUGGACGAUAUACGUCUUAUCAUGGACACAUUAAAGAAGAUUCGUGAGCAAGAGGUCGACAUGGAACUAAAAAUCGAUCCGAUCGAGGAAGCCUUCAAUAUAGUCACGAGAUACGAAGUGCCAGUUGAUCAAGAAUGUCUCGAGCAGGUGGACAAUUUGAGAUACACGUGGCAACAAUUGCUCGCAAGGGCACAAGAAAUUCACGUAUUGUUGUUGAAAUUGCAACCACAAUUCGAGGAAGAUCUUAGAUUGAAUCUCGAGAAUUUUCGUAUCGACAGCAAGAUGUAUUGCGAGGAAUACAGAUCCUCUGGACCUAUGCAACCUGGUCUCAGCCCAAGAGAAGCGUCGGAUAGACAGAUUUUGUAAAAUAGAUUCGAUGGAAUGUGGAGGAAAUUACAGACUUAUCAGAGUGGCGAGGAACUGUUCGGUUUGCCCACAACUGAUUACCCUGAACUUUCGCAGAUAAGAAAAGAGUUAAAUUUGCUUCAAAAAUUAUAUAAAUUGUACAAUGAUGUUAUUGAUAGAGUGAACAGUUAUUAUGAUAUUCCAUGGAGCGAGGUCAAUAUCGAGGAUAUAAACAACGAAUUAAUGGAGUUUCAAAAUCGGUGUCGCAAGUUACCGAAAGGUCUGAAAGAAUGGCCCGCGUUCUUUGCAUUGAAGAAAACCAUCGACGAUUUUAACGACAUGUGUCCUCUUUUGGAAUUAAUGGCCAACAAAGCUAUGAAACCUCGCCACUGGCACAGGAUCAUAGAAGUGACGGAUUAUUUGUUCGAUCUUGAAAGCGAGGGUUUCUGCUUGAAAAAUAUUCUGGAGGCGCCGUUGUUGAAAUGCAAAGAGGACAUCGAAGAUAUUUGCAUCUCUGCUAUGAAAGAAAAAGAUAUCGAGGCCAAAUUAAGAACUGUGGUGAACGAAUGGUCGUCCCACGAGUUGACGUUUAUGACGUUUAACAACAGAGGAGAAUUACUAUUGAGAGGAGACACAACUGCUGAAACGAUCGGCCAACUCGAGGAUAGUUUGAUGGUGCUUGGUUCGUUGAUGUCGAACAGAUACAAUGCACCGUUCCGUAAGCAGAUACAACAAUGGCUUACGGAUCUGUCGAACACGAAUGAAAUUUUAGAAAGAUGGCUAUUAGUACAGAAUAUGUGGGUUUACCUGGAAGCUGUAUUCGUUGGCGGUGAUAUAGCGAAGCAAUUGCCAAAAGAGGCGAAAAGAUUUGGUAAGAUUGAUAAAAGCUGGCAGAAAAUCAUGCAAAGGGCACAUGAGACUCCAGGAGUGGUGCCGUGCUGUGUGGGCGAUGAUUUGCUUAAACAGCUUCUACCUCAUCUGCAAGAACAAUUAGAAUUAUGUCAGAAAUCUCUUAGUGGAUACUUAGAAAAGAAACGUAUGAUGUUUCCAAGAUUUUUCUUCGUAUCAGAUCCUGCUUUAUUGGAGAUACUUGGUCAAGCAUCUGAUUCUCACACAAUACAGAAUCAUCUACUAUCUAUUUUUGACAAUACACGUUACGUAAAGUUUCAUGAUAUCGAAUAUAACAAAAUGAUUGCUAUUAUUUCAUCCGAAGGUGAAACAAUUUUGCUCGAAAAGGCUGUAAGGGCGGAAGGUUCAGUGGAAACAUGGCUAAUGCAACUUUUACACACAUCGCAACAAUCCUUGCACUCGAUAAUCCGACAGAGUUACUUCAUGAUUAAUGAUAUGAAUUUCAAUCUUCUUAAUUAUUUGGAUAAAAUGCCUGCACAAGUCGGUUUAUUAGGAAUACAAAUGAUCUGGACCAGGGAUAGUGAAAUGGCUUUGGCUCAAGCUCGUGCGGAUAAAAAGAUCAUGGCGGAAACGAAUAACAGAUUUCUGGAUUUAUUGAAUACAUUAAUCGAUCAAACUACCAGAGAUCUUGCAAAAAUUGAAAGAACAAAAUUCGAAACUUUGAUCACUAUUCACGUGCACCAACGUGAUAUUUUUGAUAUAUUAUGCCGUUUGAAUGUACGAUCGAUAAACGAUUUCGAAUGGUUGAAGCAAUGCAGAUUUUACUUCAAAGAAGAUCUCGACAAAACAUCGAUCUGCAUAACAGACGUAAACUUUACAUAUCAAAAUGAAUAUUUGGGAUGCACUGAACGACUCGUGAUUACUCCGCUAACAGAUAGAUGUUACAUAACUUUGGCUCAAGCAUUAUCUAUGUCUAUGGGUGGCUCGCCUUGCGGCCCAGCUGGAACAGGCAAAACAGAAACUGUCAAAGAUAUGGGAAAAACUUUGGCCAAAUACGUAGUGGUGUUCAAUUGUUCGGAUCAAAUGGAUUAUAGAGGAUUGGGAAGAAUAUAUAAGGGAUUGGCACAAAGUGGUUCUUGGGGUUGUUUUGACGAAUUCAACAGGAUCGAAUUGCCGGUGUUGUCUGUUGCUGCUCAACAAGUUGCAGUCGUUUUGGCUGCGAAAAAGGAGAAAAAGAAGCAAUUUAUUUUUACCGAUGGAGAUCUGAUAGACAUGUGCCCUGAACUUGGAAUAUUUAUAACAAUGAAUCCAGGAUAUGCUGGCAGGAAAGAACUUCCAGAGAAUCUAAAGAUACAAUUUCGUACCGUUGCCAUGAUGGUACCUGAUAGACAAAUCAUUAUUAGGGUAAAAUUAGCCAGUUGUGGUUUCCUUGAGAACAUCACACUUGCUCGCAAAUUUUACACUUUGUACAAACUCUGUGAAGAACAACUUACAAAACAGGUACACUACGAUUUCGGUCUAAGAAAUAUAUUGUCCGUUCUAAGGACAUUAGGAGCGGCAAAAAGGGUGAAUUCGAAAGAUUCUGAGAGCACUAUUGUUAUGCGUGUUUUAAGAGAUAUGAAUCUUUCGAAACUCAUUGAUGAGGACGAACCAUUAUUCAUCUCAUUGGUGGCUGAUCUCUUUCCAAAUCAAGCUCUUGAAAAGACUUCCUAUCCAGAAUUGGAAGCAGCUAUUAAUCAGCAAGUAGAAGAAGCUGGAUUGAUAUAUCAUCCUCCAUGGGUGCUAAAAUUGAUACAAUUAUAUGAGACACAAAGAGUGAGGCAUGGAAUAAUGACCCUAGGUCCAACUGGUGCAGGAAAAACCACUUGUAUACACAUUUUGAUGAAAGCUUUAACGCAAUGCGGUAAUUUUCAUAGAGAAAUGAGAAUGAAUCCGAAAAGUAUAACAGCAGCACAAAUGUUUGGACGAUUGGACGUGGCAACGAAUGAUUGGACAGAUGGAAUAUUUUCAGCUUUGUGGCGCAAAACGUUGAAAUUGAAAGAAGGAGAACACGUAUGGUUGGUUCUCGAUGGACCUGUUGAUAGUAUUUGGAUCGAGAAUUUAAAUUCCGUGUUAGAUGACAAUAAAACUCUGACUCUUGCAAAUGGCGAUCGAUUAUCGAUGUCAUCUAAUUGCAAAAUCAUCUUCGAGCCUCACAAUAUCGAUAAUGCAAGUCCAGCAACGGUAUCCCGAAACGGAAUGGUGUACAUGAGUUCAUCAGGACUGGAUUGGAAUCCUGUAGUCACUGCUUGGUUGAACAAUCGAACACCUUUGGAACAAGAAGUGUUGGGUCAAUGUUUCGAGAAGUCUUUUGCACAGAUUUAUUCAUGGAGCACUCAAGCAUUAUUGCUGACCAUAGAUGUUUUGCAAUGCAACAUAGUUAGACAAAUGUUGUGCCUUCUUGAAGGUUUAAUUCCGCCAAAAACCAUAGAAGAAGAGGAAAACGAAGAGACGGAAGAGGAAAAGAGACAACCGAUGACAGCUGAACACCUGAAACAUUUUUACGUUUUCGCUUUAGUAUGGGGCAUAGGAGCAUUAUUGGAAACAUCAGACAGGCAAAAAUACGACGUCUAUCUCCGACAAAAUUUCGAAAGUUUAGAUUUGCCAAUAUCGGAAGAAUAUCCUGAAGCUAAGCUAUUCGAUUUCUACGUCACUGAAAAAGGUAAAUGGGAUACAUGGACAAGUAUGGUAACCAAUUACGUAUACUCUGAAUAUUCAACGUCCGAUUAUAGCAACAUAUUGGUUCCUAUCCCUGAUAACGUCAGAAUAACAUAUCUAAUCGAUCUAAUUGGCCGCCAAGAUAAAGCAGUUUUGCUUAUAGGCGAGCAAGGAUCGGCCAAAACAGUGAUGAUGAAGUCUUAUAUGAAAAAAGCGAAUCCUGAAACCACGUUGAGUAGAUCAUUCAAUUUCAGCUCGGCUACAAGUCCGUAUCAAUUUCAGAAAACUAUCGAAAGUUACAUAGAAAAACGUCUAGGUAACACGUUCGGUCCACCAGGGGGGAAAAAAAUGUUGAUUUUCAUCGAUGACAUAAAUUUACCGCAAAUCAACGAGUGGGGUGAUCAAGUCACCAAUGAAAUCGUUCGACAGACGAUGGACAUGAAAGGAUUUUACUCUCUGGAGAAACCUGGAGACUUCACUAUCGUUGUAGACAUAACAUUUCUGGCAGCCAUGUGUCAACCAGGUGGUGGAAGAAACGAUAUUCCGCAAAGAUUAAAGAGACAAUUCUGCAUCUUCAAUUGUACGUUACCUAACGAAGCUUCCAUUGAUCGAAUUUUUGGCGUACUCUCAGAGGGUCAUUAUAACUCUAAAAGAGGAUUUUCAAUGGAAGUUAAGAAUCUCGUGAAAAAGAUGGUUCCUAUGACGAGAAUACUUUGGGAGAGAACCAGAACAACAUUAUUGCCUACACCGGCAAAGUUUCAUUAUAUAUUUAAUCUAAGAGAUUUGUCAAGAGUUUGGCAAGGUAUGCUUGGUACACUAUCUACAGUUGUCGACAAGGAAAACGUCCUCAUGUUGUUGUGGAAACAUGAAUGCAAUCGCGUAUUCAGUGAUAGACUCACUUUACAAGCCGAUAAGAAUUGGUUUAAUGAAGAGGUUUUGAAAGUUGUGAAUGAAAUGUUGGGAGAAGACUAUAGUAAAAUGCUUGACAAAGAUCCUGCAUUUGUGGACUUUAUGAGAGAUGCACCAGAACCAACUGGUGAAGAAGGUGAGGAUACUGACGUGGAAUUGCCGAAAGUAUAUGAACCGGUUUAUGACGAGCAGAUUCUCAGGGAGAGAUUAGAAAUGUUUCUUUCACAAUUCAAUGAAAUGCAAAGAGGGUCUGGGAUGGACUUGGUCUUCUUCCCUGAUGCCAUGCUUCACUUGGUUAAAAUAUCCAGAGUGAUUAGACAUCCGAAAGGGAAUGUAAUGUUAGUGGGCGUUGGAGGAUCUGGCAAGCAAAGUCUCACGAAAUUAUCAUCUUUCAUCGCCGGUUAUAAAACGUUUCAAAUCACUUUAACAAGAUCUUAUAACGUGGCAAAUUUCUUAGAAGAUCUAAGAUAUUUAUAUCGAACGUGUGGAGCUCAAGGAAAGGGUACCACAUUUAUAUUCACCGAUUUGGAUAUUAAAGAGGAAGGCUUCUUGGAAUAUUUAAACAAUAUUCUAAGCUCUGGAAUUAUCAGCAAUUUGUUCACUCGUGACGAACAACAAGAAAUCAUUUCAGAAUUAACACCUAUCCUGAGACGUGAAAAUCCAAAACGAACGAUCAACAACGAGCUUGUAAUGGAUUUCUUCCUUCAGAGAACUUGCCAAAAUCUACACGUUGUACUUUGCUUCUCUCCUGUUGGGGAGAAAUUUAGAAAUCGUGCUCAACGUUUCCCAGCUCUUAUAUCCGGAUGCACCAUUGAUUGGUUUCAACCAUGGCCUAAAGACGCUCUGAUCUUAGUCGCUAAACAUUUUCUGCACGAUUUUAACAUAGUUUGUACCAACGAGGUUAAAGUUGAACUGGUGAACGCCUUAGGUUCUAUACAAGACAUCGUUUCUAUGACAUCUACGGAAUAUUUCCAACGAUUUCGUCGCGCUACUCAUGUCACGCCAAAAUCAUACUUGAAUUUCAUCGGUGGUUACAAGAAUAUUUACCAGAGCAAGCAAUACGAACUCGGGGAAGGAGCUAAGAGAAUGGAUACCGGUUUAGCGAAAUUGGAGGAAGCUUCGAUAUCGGUGGAAAUUUUAAAAAGAGAUCUCGAUGUGAUGGAAAAAGAGCUCGUACAAGCGUCUGAGAAAGCAGAAACGGUCCUCUUGGAAGUGACAGAAAGAGCAAUGCAGGCAGAGGCUUUCAAGAAUCAGGUGCAAAAGGUGAAGGAGAAAGCUGAACAAUUGGUAGCUUGCAUAGCAGAGGAGAAAGCAUUGGCUGAACAAAAAUUGGAGGCUGCUAAACCAGCAUUGGAAGAAGCAGAGGCUGCUUUGAACACUAUUAAACCGGCUCAUAUUGCUACCGUGAGAAAAUUGGGUAGGCCUCCUCACCUUAUCAUGAGAAUUAUGGAUUGCGUGUUAAUUUUAUUUCAACGCAAGAUUGGACCUGUUAUUCCGGAUAUGGCUGCACCAUGCCCAAAACCUUCCUGGGCGGAAUCCUUAAAAUUAAUGGCUAGCACCACGUUUCUACUUCAAUUGCAAAAUUAUCCAAAAGAUAUAAUAAACAACGAGAUGGUCGAACUGCUUCAACCUUACUUUAAGAUGGAAGAUUAUAAUAUGGAAACUGCCAGACGAGUUUGCGGUGAUGUGGCUGGUUUAUUAUCUUGGACAAAGGCUAUGGCUUUCUUUCAUUCGGUGAACAAGGAGGUUCUCCCAUUGAAAGCUAAUUUAGCGUUACAGGAAGUAAGACUCAAGGUAGCAAUGGAGGAUUUGGCGAACGCCGAAAGAGAAUUAUCUGAAAGAGAAAUGGCUUUGCAAGCGGUUAAAGAACAAUACGACUCGGCUGUUUUAGAGAAACAAAGAUUGACAGAAGCUGCAAACGUGUGCCUUAGGAAAAUGACAGCCGCGACUGCGUUAAUCAAUGGGUUAGGUGGUGAGAAGAUACGUUGGACGGAGCAAAGCAGCGAAUUUAAAAUUCAAUUAGGACGAUUAGUUGGGGAUGUUCUAUUAGCUACGGGUUUUCUAUCUUACUGCGGACCUUACAAUCAACAAUACAGAGCUAGUUUGGUAUCUUCUUGGAUGAACAUUUUGGCAACCAAAUCUAUUCCCUUCACUGAUAAUCUAAAUAUCACGAAUAUGCUCGUGGACAGUGGAACGAUAUCGGAAUGGACGCUUCAAGGAUUACCUAAUGAUGAAUUAUCGGUGCAAAACGCGCUCAUUGUGACUAAAUCAUCCUCUUAUCCUUUAUUAAUAGAUCCUCAAAAUCAAGGAAAAAUGUGGAUAAAGAACAAAGAAUGUAUGAACGAGUUACAGAUCACAUCCCUUAAUCACAAAUAUUUCAGAACUCAUCUUGAGGACAGUCUCUCUCUAGGUAGACCGUUGUUGAUAGAAGACAUAGCAGAAGAGCUGGAUCCAGUUCUCGAUAACGUGUUGGAAAAAAAUUUUAUUAAAUCUGGUUCCAUCGAGAAGGUGAUCGUCGGUGACAAAGAAUGCGACGUGAUGCCAGGUUUUAUGUUAUACAUCACCACGAAAUUACCAAAUCCCGCGUACAGUCCAGAAAUUUCGGCAAAGACAUCGAUAAUCGAUUUUACAGUCACAAUGUUAGGGUUAGAAGAUCAAUUACUCGGCAGAGUGAUCCUUAUGGAAAAAUCAGAUCUGGAGGCCGAAAGGGUGGCCUUGUUCGAAUCUGUAAUGACGAAUCAACGAUCGAUGAAGGAAUUGGAAAGUACGUUGUUACAUCGUCUCACGUCUUCUGAAGGCUCUUUAGUGGACGACGAAGCACUUAUAAACGUGCUCAGAGAAACUAAGGUAACCGCAGAAUCGGUGAACGAGAAAUUAAGAGUGUCCGCGUUAACUGAAAAGAAGAUCAUGUUAGCCCGUGAAGAAUUCCGUGCCGUUGCAUCAAGAGGAUCUAUCUUAUAUUUUCUUAUUGUAGAAAUGAGCAACGUGAACGUAAUGUAUCAAAAUUCGUUGAAACAAUUUUUGACUAUAUUUGAUAAUUCCAUUACCAAAUCUGUAAAAAAUUCUAUUACUAGUGAACGAAUAAACAUAAUUCUCCGACAUCUUACGUACGAAGUGUGGGCCUUUACUUUGAGAAGUUUAUACGAACGGCACAAAUCGUUGUUCACUUUGAUGCUAGCGAUGAAGAUAGACUGUCAUCGUGGUGCAAUUUCUCAUACAGAAUUCAAUGCUUUUAUAAAAGGUGGUGCAUCCUUGGAUUUAAAUGCAGUUAUCCCAAAACCGUUUAAAUGGAUUCUCGAUAUAACCUGGUUAAAUUUGGUCGAGAUUAGUAAAUUAGACAUAUUUUCGGAUAUACUGACAAAAAUUGAAUUUGGUGAAAGAGAAUGGCGAAUAUGGUACGAGAAAGAGAGACCUGAAGAAGAAGAACUUCCUUGUGGAUAUCAAAAGAAACUCGAUGUGUUCAGAAAGUUACUUUUAAUCAGAUCAUGGAGUCCAGACAGAACAUUAUCUCAGGCAAAAAAAUACGUGAUUGAAUCAUUAGGAAGAGAAUAUGGGGAAACUAAGAUAUUGGAUCUAGAAGCUACUUGGUUAGAAUCUGAAGUAAGAACACCGCUUAUAUGUAUACUUUCGAUUGGAUCAGAUCCUAGUCCACAGAUCACAAUACUUGCAAAACAAAAAUCUAUUCAAUUACGAUCAGUCUCCAUGGGUCAAGGCCAAGAAUUUCAUGCUCGAAAAUUUAUCUCCGAUGCUAUGAACACUGGAAGUUGGGUAUUGCUACAAAAUGUUCAUUUGUCUCUUCCAUUUUGCACGGAAGUCAUGGACGCUUUAGUUGAAACAGAAACCGUGCACGAAACAUUUAGGCUUUGGAUGACUACAGAAGUCCAUUCGCAAUUUCCUAUCGGUUUAUUACAGAUGGCCAUCAAAUUUACAAACGAACCACCGCAAGGUAUUAGAGCCAGUUUAAAGAGAACUUACCAGAGUAUGACACAAGACACAUUGGAUUACAGCACACAAUCGCAAUGGCCACCUUUACUAUACGCUGUUGCAUUUCUACAUACAGUAGUACAGGAACGUAGAAAGUUUGGACCUCUUGGUUGGAAUAUACCUUAUGAAUUUAAUCAGGCUGAUUUUUCUGCUUCUGUUCAAUUUAUACAAAAUCACUUGGAUGAUAUGGAUCCAAAAAGAGGUGUAUCAUGGCCAACUGUUUGCUAUAUGCUUGGAGAGGUUCAGUACGGUGGCAGAGUCACCGAUGAUUUCGAUAAACGAUUGUUAACUACAUUUACGCAUGUUUGGUUCUGCGAUGUAUUAUUACGAUCUGGUUUCGAGUUUUAUCGUGGAUAUAAGGUACCACAAACCAAGAAUCUUCAAGGAUACUUGGAUUACAUUGAUGGUUUGCCUGCAAUGGAUACACCGGAAGUUUUUGGUUUACAUCCGAACGCGGACAUUACUUAUCAAAUAAACACGGCAAAAGGAAUACUUGACACAAUUUUGAGCGUUCAACCUAAAGAAGGAGGUGCGCAAGGAGGUGAAACGAGAGAGAAUGUCGUAUACAAACUUGCCACAGACAUGUUGGCCAAAUUACCGAAACAAUACAAUUCGUUCGAAGUGAAAGAAGCGCUUCAACGAAUGGGAGCCCUGUUACCGAUGAAUAUAUUUUUAAGACAAGAAAUCGACAGGAUAAGCAAAGUUAUUAAAGAAGUGCGCAAUACUUUAACAGAUUUAAAAUUAGCUAUCGAAGGUACCAUUGUGAUGAGUCAAGGUUUGCGUAAGUCAUUAGAUGCAAUGUACGAUGCUCGUAUUCCGGAAAAAUGGUUAAAAAUAUCGUGGGAAUCGGCAACAUUGGGAUUUUGGUAUACGGAACUUUUGGAACGAGAUUAUCAAUUCAGAUUAUGGUGCAUUUAUGGCAGACCUAAAGUCUUUUGGAUGACUGGUUUCUUCAAUCCUCAGGGAUUUCUAACUGCUAUGCGACAAGAAGUGACUCGAGCGCAUAAAGGAUGGGCUCUUGAUUCUGUAGUGUUGCAAAAUUUGAUCACAAGAUUUAAUAAAGAAGAUAUAAAAAAUCAACCUCAGGAAGGAGUAUAUGUUCAUGGCCUAUUUUUGGAAGGAGCCUCGCUCGAUCGUAAAACAAGCAAAUUAGUAGAAAGUAAACCGAAAGUUCUAUAUGAACAAAUGCCAGUGAUAUAUAUUUAUGCAAUAAAUACAACUGCAGGAAAAGACCCGAAACUUUAUGAAUGUCCUAUAUAUAGAAAACCGCAAAGAACAGAUUCGAAAUACAUCGGAUCGAUAGACUUCGAAACCGAUCAUAAUCCUCGACAUUGGACAUUACGAGGUGUAGCUCUUUUGUGUGACAUAAAAUAAAAUAAAAUAUCUCAAUGGU